AUGCAGUCGCUGGUGUUCUUCACUUUAAUCGCCGUCGCGGUUGCACAGAACGCUACGCAACCCCCACGGCCACCGGCACCGCGCCGAGAACAGUUCCGAGUGAUCUAUGAAUGGAACGCUAUCGACUUUCAAUGGGACUCUCCGGAAGACCGCGAGGCUUACCUAAAUACGAGCCGAUACAUACCCCGGAACGUUCUAAUAUCUGGAAUAAAUUUCUACGGGGAAAACCUGUACCUGACACUGCCGAGGAUGCUGGAAGGCGUUCCAGCGACUCUCGCUACAAUACCGGUGCAACAAGUCGACACAGCACCGAAACUUAAACCGUUUCCCAGUUGGAGCGCCAACACUAUUGGUGAUUGUGCUGCAUUGCAAUUUGUGCAAAAUGUCGAAAUCGACCGCAAUGGGAUAAUGUGGAUUUUGGACAACGGACGAAUUGGCACUCUCACACAAAAACCCGAUACAAAGUGUCCUCCUUCGAUAGUUUUGAUAGACCUUAAAACUGGCAAAAACGAAAUGGAGCGAAUACCGUUAACAGCUGACACAGUGAACACAGCAACGUCCUAUUUAAAUGAUCUCGUUGUGGACAAUCGUGAUGGCGAUUACGCAUAUAUUACGGACAACAGUGCUGUCGAUCCAGGUAUCAUAGUUUUUCGUCGUAGUGACAAAAAAUCUUGGAAGAUUCGAGACAGCAAAUCAAUGUUAUCGGUGCCCGAGGCGGCAAUCUUCCGUAUCAAUGGUACCACUAUCAAUCUCCCUGUGAACAUUGACGGCAUCGCUCUCGGACCUCAGUUUUUAACUGAAAAAGGGGAUGUUGAUAGAACCGUUUAUUAUACACCCUUGUCAAGUUUCCAUUUGUACGCUGUAAAUGCAUCGAUUUUGCGAAAUGAAUCACUGUCCUCUAAAGGAGAUGGAGCACUGCGCCCGUACGUUGUCGAUUUGGGAACUAAGCCAUCGCAAACCGAUGGCAUGAAGAUGGAUUCGACAGGUACACUAUUUUUCGGUCUGAUUGGCAACUCAACUAUUGCGGAAUGGAACACUACGCUAGACUUUGGUGUCGGACAACGUACAAUCGCCCGAGACCCGAAUUACAUACAGUGGGUUGACCGUUUCACUUUUGACGAUAGUGGUAACAUAUACGUAGUUGUUAACCGACUGUAUAAUUUCAUAAAAAACCAAGUGUCUCUUGACGAAGUAAACUACAGAAUUUUGAAGUCCCACACGGGAACGAAGAGUUACAUAUACAGUCCAGAUGUCACACCAGUGACACCUACGCCACCCGGAGCUUCGGGCGCGGCUGCAGUUGGAGCUUCAUUGUUAUUAUUGGCCUUCGCUCAUUUGCUCGCCUAG